AUGGACCUUGAGAAGGCCAGAGCUAUUCAGAGCAGGAUUGAUGAUUUCACCAAGGUCAUGUCUGAUUUACUUCUCACUGGAAGGGAAGCUGAAUUGGAAUUCACUCGGGAGGAGUUAAAUGUUGUUCCUACGCCGGAUAAGAGUUCUAAUUUGCCAAAACCAAUUGAAUUUUUGGGUGCUGGAGCAACUUCUUGCAUGCAAAGGUUUGUUAACAACCUAGGAGAGGGUGGUUGUAGCAUCAUUGUGGCUCUGGAGUCCCGUUAUAGUGAUCCCACCUUUUCUAAGCUCUUUGGCAAGGGAGUGCACAUUGAUCGCAUUCAUGGCUUGGCUGAUGCGCUAACAUAUGAGGCUUGUUGCUUGCAAAUUGUGCCUGAGUUAAGCAUCUGCAGCAUGAUACUUUAUUUGCAUGGGCAUGUACCCGGUUCUCAGAUUGCCCCGUAUUCUAUUCCAGAGCUAAGACUCUGGCCUCUUCCUUUUCAGCCUUCAGCUAGAAACUAUAACAGUUGUUCCCAUUAUUUCAUUUCAGGAUGA